GUAGCUGUGGGUUAGGCAUUGGUGACAAUGGGGUCUGAAACACAAGCCAGAGUGCCCGUAAUAGACUUGUCCAAAUUAGAGAAGUUGGAGGCUGGCAGUGACGCAUGGGGCUCAACAUGCAAGGCGAUGAGGGUUGGUUUGGAGGAAUUUGGGUGCUUUUGUGUGGUGUUUGAGGAGGUUUCUUUGGAGAUUCAUAACUCCUUCUUUGGAGCUGUUGAUGAGCUGUUUCAGCUUCCAAUUGAAACUCGAAUCAAGAACACAAGUGAAAAGGCUUACCAUGGCUACUUUGGCCGCUACUCCUUUCUUCCUCUCUAUGAAUCCAUGGCUAUUGAUAACCCAACUCAGCUAGAUGCUGCUCAAAGCUUUGCCAAUCUCAUGUGGCCGGAUCAAGGAAACGAUCGCUUCAGCGAAACUAUUCAACGUUUCUCAACCUUGAUGGCAAAACUGGACAAGAUAGUAACAAGAAUGGUGCUGGAAAGCUACGGAGUAUCAAAGCAGCUGAUCGACACAAACAUAGAUUCAACAGCCAACCUUCUCCGCUUCUUCAAAUACAGAGUUCCUGAGCAACACGAAACCGAUGUGGGACUGCACGCCCAUACAGAUCUCACUUUUUUCUCCAUAAUUCAUCAACACCUCAUCGGUGGUCUCCAAAUUCAAUCGCUCGACGAUCAAUGGAUCGACCUCGAGCCCUCCAGCCACUGCUCCUUCGUUGUCAUGGCGGGUGACGCGCUCAUGGCGUGGAGCAACGAUAGAAUAAGGAGUUGUAGGCAUCGAGUGACGAUGAAAGCGGAGGAAACGAGAUACUCAGCGGGGAUGUUUUCGUUCAAGAAUGGGACGAUUAGUGUGCCUGAAGAGCUUGUGGAUGAUGCCAACCCAUUGCGAUACAAGCCCUUUAAUCACUAUGACUUCCUUACUCAUGACAAAGCAAAGGGUUCUAAAAAAUUUCUCUAUCGUAUUAGAGAUUAUUGCAGCAUUUGAAUCAACAAAACUUCAAACUCUGUCCAAUAUAUAUGAAUUAUUGUUCAUCAAUAAGUUUGCUUGUAAAAUAUUUCCCUUCCUUUCUUCCAUAAUUUCGAACAUUUGUACCGAUUAAUGUUAUUGUGCUUGUUUUCUCGUCGUUUA